AACUUCGAAAUUUCAAUCUGCAAUAAGAUGAUGACUUUCUAGUUUCAUCCAAAGUCAAGAUUCAAGAAAUUCAUCAAUUGACUCAGAUUUCCACGUCUUUCUCCUCCUGUCGAAUGAAUCAAGACAAUUACACUGUAAAACCCACCUUUGGUUGGAAAUAAGAUCUCUGCUGGGAUCCUUAUCGGGGAAUUUCCUCUUUCAUAGAUACACUUUUUUAAAGGAUAAAACCAGUGCUACCAAACCAAAAUUGAUGACUCCAUUUCUUAUCUUCAGCCGAAUUUGAAAUGGAAUCACUCUUUAAACAGUCGCUUCUUCUACUCCUAACUCUCAAUUCCUUAAUCUACUUUGCCUUCUCCGAAAUCUUCUUCGAAGAGCGCUUUAAUGUUGGGUGGUCCAGUAAGUGGGUGCUAUCGGAUUGGAAGAGAAGUGAAGGAAAAGCCGGUACUUUUAAGCACACCGCAGGGAAAUGGGCAGCUGAUCCUGAUGACAAAGGUAUCCAGACAUACAAAGAUGCCAAGCAUUAUGCCAUAUCUGCAAAAAUACCUGGGUUCAGUAAUAAAAACAGAACCCUUGUGGUUCAAUAUUCAAUAAAGUUUGAGCAAGAUAUUGAAUGUGGUGGUGGUUACAUGAAACUUCUCUCUGGCUAUGUCAACCAGAAGAAAUUUGGUGGUGACACUCCAUACAGUUUGAUGUUCGGACCAGAUAUAUGUGGCACUCAGACUAAGAAGCUUCAUGUAAUACUUUCCUACCAGGGCCAGAAUUAUCCCAUUAAAAAGGAUCUAGAUUGUGAAACUGACAAGCUGACUCAUUUUUACACGUUCAUUUUAAGGCCUGACGCAACAUAUAGUGUCUUGGUUGAUAAUCGCGAAAGAGAGUCUGGAAGUAUGUACACAGACUGGGAUAUCCUCCCUCCACGUAAAAUCAAAGACGUCCAUGCAAAAAAGCCGGCGGACUGGGAUGAUAGAGAAUAUAUAGAAGAUCCAAAUGAUGUCAAACCAGAGGGAUAUGAUUCUAUACCAGCUGAGAUCCCUGAUCCUAAGGCUAAAAAGCCUGUGGACUGGGAUGAGGAAGAGGAUGGGAUUUGGAGACCAAAAAAAGUACCAAAUCCAGCAUAUAAAGGCCCUUGGAAGCGCAAGAGAAUCAAGAAUCCUAACUACAAAGGGAAGUGGAAGGUUCCUUGGAUUGAUAAUCCAGAGUUUGAAGAUGAUCCUUACCUAUAUGUAUUGAAGCCAAUAAAAUAUGUUGGAAUCGAAGUUUGGCAGGUAAAAGCUGGUUCAGUGUUUGACAAUAUUUUGAUAUGUGAUGACCCACAAUACGCAAAAGAAGUUGUGAAAGAAAUAUGGGCCAACAAUAGGGAGGCUGAAAAAGAGGCUUUUGAAGAGGCAGAGAAGUUAAGAAGAGCUAGGGAAGAAGAGAAAGCUGAAGGAGAUAGAGAGGAGGGUGAAGGACGGAAGAGAGAUCGUGAUCGUGGGUAUAGAGACAGAAGGCACCAUAAAAGGCAUGAUCCUGAAGAUUACUUGUAUGAUUACCAUGACGAGCUAUGAGCCGUGCUUCUCUGUUUGAAUUCGUCCCGAAAUGCAGUGAAUUACAGGUGCUAAAUUUGAAAUUGUUCGUCAUUCUGUGUCCUUUCUAUUUCCUCCUCCUGUUGUAUUCUAUGAUUGAUGUAACUUUUAAAAGUGAUAAAGUUGGAAAUAAUAAGCAUUGUCGUGGGUUAAAGUAACUUUUGAUUAUCAUUUUC